AAUUGCGGUAUUGUGUAGGGGAAAUACAGUAGUUUGGACCUGAUUUUCGUGCCUUUAAAAUGUUUAAAAGGCAGGAUUAUCGAAUACUUGAUUCAUUGUUGAUAGUGCUGUUAGUGCAAGUGGGGUACGCUCCAGUAAAGCUACCGAUAAAAUUUGGCAUAAAUCAUGAAUAGCUCCAGAGAAAAUGAUUAUAUCGAAGGAGGACAAAAUGGAAUUGUUCAGCCUCUUCUUACCGAUUUGUAUCAAAUUACGAUGGCAUAUGCCUAUUGGAAAUCUGGAAAGAGAAAUGCCACAGCAGUAUUUGAUCUUUACUUUCGAAAAAAUCCAUUCCAUGGUGAGUUUACAAUAUUUGCUGGCCUUGAAGAAUGUUUGAAAUUCCUGAAGAAGUUCCACUAUUCUGAUAGUGAUAUAGAAUACUUAAGAACAAUUCUACCACUAUCGACAGAAGAUGAGUUUUUCCAAUAUCUUCAAGGUCUUACCGUAGAAGAAGUAACCUUAUAUGCUGUACCUGAAGGAACUGUUGUAUUUCCAAAAGAACCUUUGCUGAGGGUUGAGGGGCCUCUAAUUAUUGUACAAAUUCUGGAAACAACAUUAUUGAACCUUGUCAACUAUGCAUCUCUAAUGUCAACAAAUGCUGCAAGAUUUCGAUUGGCUGCUGGUAACUUGAAACUGUACGAAUUUGGUCUUAGGAGAGCUCAAGGCCCAGAUGGUGGCUUAUCUGCAUCAAAGUAUGCAUAUAUUGGUGGUUUUGAUGGUACCAGCAAUGUUUUAGCAGGAAAACUCUACAACAUUCCAGUUAAAGGAACCCAUGCUCAUUCUUAUGUAACAUCAUUCUGCUGUUUGCCAGAAGUUGAUAUAACUCAAUUGAAGCCUAAGUCAGGAGGUGAAAAAAAAGAAUUUCUCCAACAUGCUAUGAGAUGGAGAGAAAAAUUGAUGGCAUUCUUCCAAAUACCAACAAGCCAAGCAAAUGAUGGAGAACUAGCUGCAUUUAUUUCUUUUGCAAUUGCUUUUCCUGAUGGUUUCAUGGCACUUGUGGAUACUUAUGAUGUUGUGAAGAGUGGUCUUUUCAAUUUUUGUGCUGUUGCUUUGGCUCUGAUUGAUUUUGGUUACUCUCCAAUUGGAAUUAGAUUGGACAGUGGCGAUCUGGCAUAUUUAUCGAAUAUUGCAAGAUCAUGUUUCAAAAGGAUUGCUGAUAAUUUCAAAAUACCAUCAUUUGAGAAAUUGCUGAUUAUGGCUUCAAACGAUAUAAAUGAAGAGACUAUUUUGAGUCUCAAUGAACAAGGACACAGCAUUGAUGCAUUCGGUAUUGGUACGCAUUUAGUGACUUGCCAGAAACAACCUGCAUUAGGUGGUGUUUUCAAAAUGGUAGAAAUCGAUGGACAGCCUCGUAUUAAACUGAGUCAUGAUGUUGAAAAAGUGACAAUACCAGGAAGGAAAGAAACCUUUCGUCUGUAUGGAGGAGAAGGUUUUGCCCUUAUCGAUAUCCUCCAAAGAACUGUUGAAGAUCCUCCUGAAGAAAAUCAUCGUGUUCUUUGUAGACAUCCCUUCCAAGAAUCCAAAAGGGCCUAUGUCACUCCUAUCAGAGUUGAAAAACUUCUUAAAUUGUAUUGGAGCAAGGGAAAAAUUUGUCAAAAACUACCUAAUAUGCAAGAAAUCCGUGAGAGGGUGAAAAGUUCCUUGAAAAUUCUGAGGUCUGAUAUCAAACGCAGCUUGAAUCCCACUCCUUAUAAAGUAGCUUGCCAUUGGAUGUAAUUUUUUUGCUCUGAAGCCUUGGUUAACAACCCAGAUUUUACUUCUACUCAAUAAAUGUCUGCCUGACUAGUUGAUUCAAUACUGGCAAAACGGUUUUAUCAAUGUGAAGCUCAUAUGCUUCAUUUUCUGUCAGGAAUUUAUGUUAUUCUAGGAUUUAUAGUGGUAUCAAUUAGAUUAUUUGAGUCGUUCCUGAAUGGUGAACUUUGAUAUAAAUAUUUUAACCUUUGUGAAAAACAUGUAUUACUGUUUGAUAAAUAUCUUUAUCUACCUAAUGCUUCAGAAAUUACAAUAUCGGAUAUUGAUUGAGUUCAAGAAUAUCGAAUCAAACUUAAUUAUUUGUAUAGAGAGGACAGAAAUUUGCAUUUGAUCUGAUUGUAUGUACAAGAAAAAGACAAUAUCUUUUUGUUCUCUAUUUAUGUUUGAAAAUGCAAUCUUAUUAAUUUAGAAAUUUAUAAAAAAUUUCAAAUCACUGAAAGUUUUUUUCCUGCUCAAGUAUUUUUAUGAUGAUAAUGUCAGGAAUGAACAUUCCAAAAAUAAUAGAAUUCUCAAUUAUAAUAACCGAAAUGAGGUAACGAAUAAAAUUGACCUUGAUUCAUUAAUUGAUGCUAGUUGAGUAUUUAUUAAAGUUUCAUAAAAAAUUCUUACUAAUUGUUAAAUUUCAAUUAUAUCCUAUUGGUUUACAAGGAAGAUUUUUAAUUGAAAUCUCAUGUUAUUGACGCACAUUAAUAUCAUAAAAAAUCAAGGAAUAUCAUCAUGGUAAUUAUAUUUCAUAAAAAAAUCAUUUUAAAUACUUUUUCUACACCCAUGGAUUUAUAUCUACCUACAUUCCAGCACUCAUUUCAUUUUCGAAAGACUCCUUAGUCCACACUGAUGCGGGAAAAUAAAUUUCUUCCCAGAUAGUGGCUCUCUUGAAGGUAAAAUUAGUGGUGGAAAAUAAGUAUUUCAUUUUAUUCUUUUAUUUUUAUCUAUAUGAGUGGAGGAUUUGUUUUAUUGUUUUCAUAUACCUUUAUUAUAAACUAAUAUUUCGUGAAAUGAAGAUGUAAAUAUCUAUAUUGUUAAGAAAAGAUGAAAUGAACUUUUCAUAUUAUUGUAAGAUAAGACCAAAGAUUUUAUAUUCUUAUAUAGUUUUCUAUUUGUUGAAUACUAGCUUUAAGAUCGUUUUAAUUCGGUGGGGAAAGCUGGUUUAAUGAAAUUACAAUAUUUUUGUUGAUAAUGUCAAUUGUAUCUCCACUGCACAAUCUGAUAAUAAAUAAAAAAUAAACUUCAAA